AUGGAGCCCGCGUCCGAUGCGCGUUCCCUCUGGGUAGAGGAGCGGGUCAUGGGGCUGUUCAAGAUGAGCAAGCCGGACAAGUACAGGAAGAUGGCGAGCGGAGAGGAGACGGGGGCGCCGCUCCUAAAGUUCUUUGACUCAGGCGAUAAACUUCCGCGAGAUAGGCGAGUGGUGUGGGACCACGUGCAGCUCGUGCUCGAGAUUUUCACCUCGUACAAGAACACGCUCUGGGCGCGCGUGGACACCGACGUCAUGAUCGACGAGACGAAGAAGCUCCAGAAGGAGAUCAAGGUGCUGCCUCGCCAGGCCAUGAAGUGGGACGUCUACCAGGGGCUCGUCAAGAUCAUGUCGGAGAUGGCGAUCGAUCUCCCGCUCGUGCAGGAUCUGCGCGACGACGCGAUGCGCGAGCGCCAUUGGCAAAAGCUCAUGGCGACGUGCGGAAAGUCGUUCAUCCUCGACAACAAGCUGCAGCUCGAGUCGCUGCUUGCGCUGCAGCUACACGACUUCCAGGACGGCGUCUCGGAGGUGGUCGAGCAGGCGCGUGCCGAGAUCAAGCUCGAGGCGCAGCUCAAGAAGAUUGCGCACACCUGGAGCGGGCUCAAUCUCGAGUACGCGCCCUUCAAGAACACCGGCGUCCAGAUCCUGCAGCAGCCGCCCGAUGUCUACGAGGCGCUCGACGACAACGAGGUUGUGCUGCAAAACAUGAAGGGCAACCGCUUUAUGGGAUUCUUCGAGACGCAGAUCACCGACUGGGCGGGCAAGCUCGGCACGGUCCGCUCGGUGCUCGAGGUCUGGCUCGAGGUGCAGCGCUCGUGGUGCUCGCUCGAGUCCAUCUUCCUCGGCUCGGAGGACAUUCGUGAGCAGCUGCCGGAGGACGCAAAGCGCUUCGACCAGAUCGACUCUGAGUUCCGCGAGCAGAUGACCGACGCCGUCACCGCAACGAGCCCCAUCGACGUGUGCACGGCCCAGGGCCGCGAGGAGGCCUUCAACAAGUGCCUCGCCAACCUCGAGCUCUGCCAAAAGUCGCUCUCGGACUACCUCGAGGUGAAGAAGAGGCGCUUCCCUCGCUUCUACUUCAUCUCGGCCGUCGAUCUCGUCGACAUCCUCUCGAAGGGCCGUAACCCGCCAAUGGUGCAGGAGCACUUUUCCAAGUUCACCGACGCCACCGGCGGCAUCACGUGGGCCAAGGAUGAGGCGACCGGCGCCGAGACGGGCCUGGCGCAGGGCUGCGUGUCCAUUGACAAGGAGCUCUUCCCGUACCCAGAGCCCUACCAGUGCUCGGGGCAGGUCGAGGACUGGCUCAACGGCCUGAUGGACCACCAGCAGGGCAUGCUGCGGCAGCGGCUCUUCGACUGCAUCAACGCGUACGUGGAGGUUCCGCGCGAGCAGUGGGUCGGCAUGUACAUCGCGCAGCUGUGCAUCACGACCUCGCAGGUGCACUGGACGUCGGAGGUGUACACCGCCUUUGACCGCCUUGAGCAGGGCAACGAGCAGGCGAUGAAGGAGUACCUGCAGCAGUGCAUGCAGGGCCUGUCCAUGUGGGCCAACAUGGUGCUCGGCGACCUCUCCAAGGAAAUGCGCGUCAAGAUCAAGACGCUCAUCACGAUCGACGUCCACGGCCGAGACAUAGUCAAGAAGCUGAUCGACGAAAAGGUUGACAACGCGCAGGCCUUUGCGUGGCAGUGCCAGCUCAAGUACUCGUGGGACGAGCCGCGGGACGACUGCUACAUCAACAUCUGCGACGCCGAGUUCAAGUACAGCUACGAGUACGUCGGCAACCCGGGCCGGCUGGUGAUCACGGCGCUAACCGACCGCUGCUACAUCACGCUCACGCAGGCGCUGCGCCUCAUCAUGGGAGGCGCGCCCGCCGGGCCAGCCGGCACCGGCAAGACGGAGACGACUAAGGACCUGGGCCGCGGGCUUGCCAUCUGGGUCAUCGUCAUGAACUGCUCUGACCAGAUGAACGCCAAGGUCAUGGCCAACAUCUUCUCCGGCCUCGCGCAGACGGGCGCCUGGGGCUGCUUCGACGAGUUCAACCGGAUCGCCGUCGAGGUGCUCUCCGUCGUCGCCGGCCAGUACUCGUCGGUGCUGCAGGGCAUUCGCGCUGGCAAGACCGAGUUCCUCUUCGAGGAGGAGACGAUCAACUUGAAGAGCUCGGUCGGCGCGUUCAUCACCAUGAAUCCCGGCUACGCCGGCCGCACUGAGCUGCCCGAGAACCUCAAGGCGCUGUUCCGGCCGUGCGCGAUGGUGGUGCCCGACUUUGAGAACAUCGCCGAGAUCAACCUGGCGGGCGAGGGCUUCCAGGACUCGAAGAACCUCGCCCACAAGUUUGUGGAGCUCUACUACAUGUCGCGCGAGCUGCUCUCCAAGCAGCACCACUACGACUGGGGAUUGCGCGCCAUGACGGGCGUACUGCGUAUCGCCGGCGGCAUGAAGCGCGCCGAGCCCGACAAGUCGGAGGCUCAGAUCCUCAUGCGCGCGCUGCGCGACACCAACCUGCCAAAGUUCGUCGCGGCCGACUACGGCAUCUUCGGCGGCCUGAUCCUCGACCUGUUCCCGCGAGUCGAGUGCCCGCCUCAGGUGAACGAGGAGCUGUCCAAGGCAGUCAAGACGGUCAUCGCCAAGGGCGGCCGACUUGUCGCCGAGGAGGUCUUUGUGCGCAAGAUCUGCAACCUGUCCGAGAUGAUGGACGUCCGCCACUGCGUCUUCGUCCUCGGCUGUGCGGGCUCGGGCAAGUCGGAGCUGUGGCGGACGCUGGCCGACGCACAGACAGAGCUCAAGGUGGGCGGCGGCUCGACCAAGUUUGUAGGCAUCAACCCGAAGUCGGUCACGACGAACGACCUAUACGGUUACGUACACCCCGUGACGAAGGAGCCGUACGACGGCAUCAUCGCAAAGGCGAUGCGCGAGCAGUCCAAGAGCACGAGCACAAACCCGAAGUGGAUCGUGCUGGACGACGACAUCGACGCUGAGUGGAUCGAGUCCAUGAACACCGUCAUGGACGACAACAAGGUGCUCACGCUGGUGUCGAACGAGCGCAUCCCGCUCACCGCGCCCAUGCGCAUGAUCUUCGAGAUCUCGCACUUGCGCAACGCCUCGCCCGCCACCGUCUCGCGUGCGGGCGUCAUCUUUAUGAAUGAGGACGACGUCGGGUGGAAGCCGUACGUGCAGAUGUGGGUCGAGGGCAUGGGCGACCAGAAGACGCAGGCCAUCCUCGAGCAGCUGUUUGAGCAGUUCGUCACGCCGACGCUCGACUACGCACGCAAGGAGAAGUGGAAGCACGUGACCCCGCUGAUGGACUUUGCAAUGGUGCAGGUUGUGUGCAAGAUCCUCGAGGGGCUGCUCACGCCCGCAAACUGCCCGCCCGGCUCGGAGAAGGACGUGUACGAGGUCUACUUCCAGUUCGCCACCAUCUGGGCGCUCGGCGGCGCCUACGGCUCCGACAAGGGUGCGGACUUUCGCAAGGUGUUCGACGCGUACUGGCGCGGCGAGUUCUCCAAGACGACGCUGAAGUUCCCCGAGGGCGGCCUCGUCUUUGACUACUUCAUCGACCCGAACACGGGCAAGGGCGAGCCAAAGAAGCUGCUGCACUGGAACGAGAUCAUCCCAACGUACAAGCACGACCGCACCGCUCCGUACCAGACGCUGCUCGUGCCGACGAUGGACACGACGCGCAUCAAGUGGCUGGCGUCGAUGAUGCUGAACCUCAAGAAGCCGGUGAUGCUCGUCGGCAACGCCGGCUCUGCCAAGACGGUGUUGCUCUCCAGCAUGCUCUCUGACCUCGACGAGGACGCCUGGGCAACCUACAACAUCUCGUUUAACUCGUUCACCGAGGCGUCGGACCUGCAGUUCAUGAUGGAGCAGCCGCUCGAGAAGAAGACGGGUUCCACCUUUGGCCCGCCCGGCAACAAGCGCCUCGUCUACUUCAUCGACGACAUCAACAUGUCGACCCCGGACAAGUACGGCACGCAGCCGCCCAUCGCGCUGAUGCGGCAGCAGGUCGACUACGGUGGCUUCUACGACCUCAAGAAGCUCUCCAUGAAGAAGCUUGAGAACGUGCAGUACGUCGCGUCAAUGAACCCGACCUCGGGCUCCUUCUUCAUCAUCGACCGCCUGCAGCGGCACUACGCGACCAUCGCAACGCCCUUCCCGGACACCGACGUACUACGCCACAUCUACAUCAACAUCAUGGGCGGUCACCUCGAGGGGGCGUACAUCUACGGGAUGUACAUGGACGGCGCGCGCUGGGACGUCAACAGCGGGGUGAUUGAGGACGCAAACAUGAAGGAGCUGUACCCGAAGCUCCCAGUCAUGCUCGUCAAGGCUGUGCCGGUGGAGAAGGCUGACAGCCGAGAUCAGUACGCGUGCCCCGUCUACAAGACGCAGUUCCGCGGCCCCACCUACGUCUUUACGGCCGGGCUGAAGACCAAAAAGCCGCCAUCAAAGUGGGUCAUGGCGGGUGUCUCAUUGCUGAUGAGUGUGGUCGAGUAA